AUGGAUGAUACAAACACUGACGCUGUAGAGCAGACAAUUGCAGAUCCCCCUUUUUUGUCCAUUUCUUUCGUAAGUGAUGGGUGGUCGGAUCGGCAGGACAUACUUGGACCCCUGGUCGACCCCAAGACCGGAGAACGAGCAUUCAGUCGUCUGGCUCAAGGCAGUCUCUCCAUCAAAAUUCACUCCCCCAAAGUGGAGGAUUUUGAUGAAUACUUUACCAACCUGACGCCACAAACGCAUCAUAACAUUAGCCCCUGGUUCACGGAAUUUUGGGAACAGAAAUUCGAUUGCGCAAUCACGCCUUCGUCGGACAAUUUGCGCAAGCCCUGCACUGGUGAGGAAAGCUUAAAGAAUGUGCCUAUGUAUCAGGACAACAAACUGUCCCUCCUAAAUCUGGCCAUUUACGUGGUAGCCAUUGCGCUGCAUCGAGUUCAGGAGAUAGUGUGUGGUGUUGGACGUCCGGGAAUCUGUCCUGGUUUGCUACCUGUGAAUGGGAGCCUUUUGCGUCAAGAAUUACUGAAAUCCAACUACACUGACAGCAACGGUGAUACGAUCUUUUUUGACGAAAAUGGUGACCCACCUGGAAGUUACGAUUUAAUGAAUUAUCAGCACACCUUUAAUGAACGUGGCGAGGAGGUGUUUGACUACGUCCAGGUUGGCCGAUGGAAACAUGGCCAAUUAAUAACGCUUCAAGAGGAAUUUAUUCAGUGGCAGGGUGAUUCGCCGAAUGCAACAGCUUCAGGUCCGGUUCGGUCGUUUUGCAGUGAGCCCUGUGGUGCAUGGGAAGCUAAGAUAAUAAAGGACAAAUCAAAGACGUGUUGUUGGAUAUGUCAGCCGUGCAAGCCAAACGAAUGGAAGACAGGAAAUGAGACCUGUCAACCGUGCGAUUUGGGCUUCAAACCGUCUAAAAAUAAAACUGGAAUUUGUGUCGAUUUUAUUUCCCCCAAAGAAGAAAUAUGA